UUUAUUGGAAUUUAUAUAACAAUCAUAAUUAUAAGAUAAAAAUAAGAGAGAAAAGGGUAGAACAAAGCUUGUUAAGAUCUUGAAUGGCAAAAUGGAGUGCCUUAGUGUUGAUAAUGAUGGUGGUGAUUGCUGCUACGGUCACAGUAGAAGCAAAGAAGCAAAAUGCUUGGAUUAAAUGUUUUCGCAAAUGUUCUAAACCUUGUAAGCCUAAAGACGGUAAUUGUUAUGAACGUUGUAAAAUUAAAUGUGGUGGCCCAAACCCUCCUCAUGGUCCAGGAGGACCCCCUCCUCCAUCUAAACAGAAAUUUAUAUGAAAUGGCAUCUGUGGAAGUUCGCAGAAGGAAGAAAUAAUUUUUUUUUAUAAAAAGUUUAUAUAGAAAGUUUGUGAGCAUUUCUAUAGUUUUAAUUUCAUGUUAAAUGGAACAAAAAUAUUGAUAAUAUAAUUAUUUCUAA